AUGGAGCUCCCUCUCAGGAAAGAGGAAUACCAAAUACAGGAUGAACUGGAUCUGUUGCUAGAUCCGGAGGUGGACAGGUACACCGCCUCUCCCUUCGUGCUCGACAUUGAAGAUUAUCCACUGCCCAUGCGCUUGCAAACGGCUGCUGAUGCCGUUAGGUGCAAAACCUUCCCGAUGUUCCUGGAGGGAAAGGCCCGUCAAUGGUUCCAGGGAUUACCUCCCAGGUCAAUUCGAUCCUUCAGCCAGCUCGCACGACUGUUCCCAGCUCAGUUCGUGUCUUCGCGAGCCUUUUCCAAGAGCACAACUCACCUGAUGACAGUUCACCAGGCGCCUGAGGAGUCGCUGCGCCAGUAUAUGGUGCGCUUCAACAACAAGUCCCUUCAGAUUCGGGACCGGGACGAUAAGGUGGUCAUGGCUGCCUUCGUCAAUGGAUUGCGUAAGCAGAAGAUGUAUACAGAGUUCGUGGAAAAACCUCCCAAGUCUGUUCGGGAGAUGCUAGACCGAGCUCAUGAGAAGGCUAAUGCCAAAGAGGCCAAUCGCUUGAAAGGCGCACAGGAAAGGCUAAGGGACGACAGGCGCAGGAAAAGCACCGAACUGGGGGAUGCGCCACCUGGUCAGGGACGAAAGAACACCUUCGACCUCCUGCUCCGGAGCCGGCCCUUUGAGAAAGAAAAGGCUUGGACUUCGCUCACAGCGCCCAGGGCCCGAGUCAUCGUAGUGAUGGAACAAGAGAGCCUCUCUCGGCCUCCUCGACCACUGGCCGAUGACAAGAGCCAGCGUGAUCAGGGCUUGUAUUGCGCAUACCAUCGUGACGUAGGACACGAUACCGAGGACUACCGUCACCUUAAGAAGGACAUCGAAAAGUUGAUCAGAAGAGGACACCUCGGACAGUUCAUACGUGACGGACGGACCGACCAGAGACAAGGGGGUACAAACAGGAACAUGCGAACUACCCACGUGACCGACCUGGGUGCCCCCGAGACCGAACUCCCGAACAGGAAGUACAGAACCUAA